AACAGGAAGUACACGCAGAAGGGUGUUUCCGGUCACACUAAGCGGCGAACAGCUUGGCGAGGAAGAUCUAGUCCGGCGGGAAAAGGAAGGAAACAUGGGACGUAGAAAGUCAAAGAGAAAGCCUCCACCCAAGAAGAAGACCGGGGUCCUGGAGACGCAGUUCACGUGUCCAUUCUGUAACCACGAAAAGUCCUGUGAUGUCAAUAUGGACAGAGCCCGGAACACGGGGGUCAUAUCGUGUACAGUGUGCCUGGAGGAAUUUCAGACCCCGAUAACCUACCUUUCAGAAGCAGUGGACGUCUACAGCGACUGGAUCGACGCAUGUGAAGCCGCUAACCAGUAGCUAACGGCCAUCAUUCAGGACACUGACCCUACCAAAUCCGCACCGGUCAUCUUCUGUGUCUCACUUUCCCUGUCCCCAGCUUUGUGUGGGGGGGGCUCCCCUUUAAGGUUAAAAUAGCUGGGACUUUUUUAAUUCAGCUGAUGAUAGCCAGUUACAGCCGGACACAAGUAUCUGAUUAGUACAAAAGGUGCUUUAUUUUCUUUUUAGGUUU